AUGGCAGCUCAGUUGCAUCUGCAGCUGCUCCUGGCGAUGUUCGUGCCAGCGAUUGCGCAACUGGAGAUGAAGUUCACCAAAUAUCCUGAGUCAGUGAUAGCUCCUCUCGGUGACAGAGUCACGUUUGAGUGCGAAGUCAACGUACCAGGGGAACGGUUCGUCUGGCGAUGGAAACCAGAUCGGGAUGACGUGCAAUGGACUGAAGUAGUGGACGGAGACGGCAAGAAGAUCAUACCUGGACUGCCGGGAAGAAGCACCAAGCUGGAGAUACAAGUCAUGAUGAAUUUGGAGACCACUUGGUUUCAGUGCGUAGUUUGGUAUGGAGCAGUAAGUUUGACAUCAGUGCCGGCGCGUCUCACAGUAGCGAGGCUGAUCAACGCAUCAGACAGAGUGACCGCUGAAGAACGAGUCAUCACGGCACCUCUUCACAACACUGUCAUCUUGCACUGCAAGGAGCCCGCCUCGGAACCGCCUGCUGUGCUCACGUGGUGGAAGGAAGGAUCUAAGGGUAAAAGGAAGCAACUGGAAACUCCUCACGGCGUGCUGGUGAUUCAUAAUGCGACGUCGGAUGACAGUGGAACAUACAGCUGUAGAGCCACUAAUGAGCUGAGUGGAGAAGCUCUCGAUGUGGCACAGAAGACUCAUUUGAAUGUCCAACGUGAAGGGAGUAGGGAAGUCAGGUUUCUAGAAUCAGAAGAGUACGUAGGUGUAUUAGAUGAGGAUGUGUUGACGAUGCCGGUGAAACCUAACGGAGUACUUCGGCUAUGGUGCGGGGCGGUCAGUACUCCUCCUCCGAAGAUCUCAUGGUCGUUGGAGAGCGAGGGAGAGUUGAAGACAUUCGCCAAUCAACAUAUGUUGAUGAUAUCACCUUUUACACCCGCCAAUGAGGGAGUGUACGCGUGCUCGGCGAAUGGUAUCCGACGUUCGUGGAAGGUCUUAGCCCUGCAACCUCCUCACUGGGACGGGAACGUCUCCGUAUCAACUCCUAAUGAGGGUGGAAGGGCACACGUGACCUGUGGGAACUCCUUCGGUCAACCACCGCCGCACGUGUACUGGGUGCUCAAUUCUGAAGUGCUGAAAAAUGAGAAAGGGAUUAAAGCUAACAACACGGACCUGUACAUUGAGCACGUGGAGAAGCGUCACGCAGGCAUCGUGCAAUGCUUCGCGUGCAACUCGCUCGGCUGUGCGUACGGGGCUGGGAUGCUGUCUGUUGUACCACUGCAGAUACCCGACCAGGACUACCCAGUGGAGGUUCCAAAAACACGUUAUUCAGUUCAACCACCAAAACGACACAACAGAAAGAAUCCUAGAAAGCACAAAGCCGUAAUGAUUCCCCCAUCAAGGCCCAACGUUACCCGGUUGAAUGAUGAAAGCGUGAUGGUGUCAUGGUCGCAUGACAAUCAAGGACUACCCAUCCGGUUUUUCAAGGUACAAUACAGAGAGGUGAGCAACUCCAGCAACGUUCAGUGGAACACUGCUAACCAGGAUAUACCCGCAUACAUACAUUCCUACCAGAUAGACGGACUAACUCCUGGCAAAUAUUACAAGUUCCGCAUCGCAGCAGUAUACUCGAACCAGGAUAACAAGUUGGGUAAGAGUAGCGCGCGCUUCCAUCUGCAGCGCGGCGGGUUCAAGGCGCCGCGCGCGCCCGUACUGGCGCGGGCACUGCCCAUGUCGCCUACUACCAUACAGCUGGAGUGGACGUGGUCAAGCGGCGGCGAGGUAGAAGCGGAAGGCUUCUACGUGUACUACCGCGCUGUGUCGUCGGCCGGCGCGUACGAGAAGGUGACCACGUCGGGCGAGCCGCGGGAACUAUUGCUCACUCACCUCGCGCCCGACACUAGCUACGACAUCAAACUACAGGCCUACACUGCACAGGCUGCGUCCGAGUUCAGUGCUAUUAAGACCGCGAAGACCCUUCGUCCAGCGGCAGGAACAAGUCACAGCGCGGUGGGUACAGGUGUGGGCGGUGGGGGCGCAGCGGGGGGCGCAGGGGGCGCAGGCGGGGGCGCCGCCACGACGCGAGGCGCGCCCGCUGCACUCGUCACGGCGGGCGGCGCGCUGGGCGCCACCGCACUGCUGGUACUGCUCGCCAUCGCGCUGCUACUCUGCAGGCGGGCAAGAAGACCUACCACUGACAAAGAGAAAGGCUCAGUGCCCGAGACCGGAGCCACGAACGGGUACAUCCCUGCUAAAGUGCCAAUCACUAUUACGGCCAACCCUAUGCAUUCCGAGGGUGGGGAUGCAGGAGUAGAAAUGUCAUUUUUACAUAACAACAACACUGGCAACAAUGACGACACACUGCCUCACUCAAGGAAAAACGGACCAGCACCGCGACAGUAUGUGUGA